CCCGCCCGCCACCAUGGAGCUGGAGGACGGUGUGGUGUACCAGGAGGAACCCGGAGGCUCCGGGGCCGUGAUGUCAGAGCGGGUGUCCGGCCUGGCCGGCUCCAUCUACCGCGAGUUCGAGCGGCUCAUCGGGCGCUACGACGAGGAGGUGGUCAAGGAGCUGAUGCCACUGGUGGUGGCCGUGCUGGAGAACCUGGACUCGGUGUUCGCGCAGGACCAGGAGCACCAGGUGGAGCUGGAGCUCUUGCGGGACGACAACGAGCAGCUCAUCACCCAGUACGAGCGGGAGAAGGCGCUGCGCAAGCACGCCGAGGAGAAAUUCAUUGAAUUUGAAGACUCUCAAGAACAGGAAAAAAAAGAUUUACAGACAAGAGUGGAGUCUCUAGAAUCUCAAACAAGGCAACUUGAACUCAAAGCAAAAAACUAUGCUGACCAGAUUAGCAGACUUGAAGAAAGAGAAGCAGAACUGAAGAAGGAAUAUAAUGCACUACACCAGCGGCACACUGAGAUGAUCCAUAAUUAUAUGGAGCACUUAGAAAGAACCAAACUUCACCAGCUCUCAGGGAGUGACCAACUAGAGGCUGCAGCUCAUAGUAGAAUUAGAAAAGAACGUCCUAUAUCACUAGGAAUUUUCCCUCUACCUGCUGGGGAUGGACUGCUUACACCUGAUACUCAGAAAGGAAGUGAGACUCCAGGAUCAGAGCAAUGGAAAUUUCAGGAAUUAAGUCAACCACGUUCUCAUACCAGCCUGAAGGUCAGCCAUAGUCCUGAAUCUCUGAAGGCUGUAGAACAGGAGGAUGAACUUUCUGAUAUUAGUCAAGGUGGGUCUAAAGCUACUACUCCGGCUUCUACAGCAAAUUCAGAUGUGUCAGCAAUUCCUCCUGACACUCCCUCAAAGGAAGAUACUGAAGGAGUUGUAAAAGGCACAGAUACACCAAAUAAAUCAGAGAUAAGCAAACACAUAGAAGUGCAGGUUGCCCAAGAGACUAAGAAUGUAUCUACAGACUCUGCUGAAAAUGAAGAGAAAUCAGAAGUCCAAGCAAUCAUUGAGUCCACUCCUGAACUGGACAUGGACAAAGACCUCAGUGGAUAUAAAGGUUCAAGCACUCCCACCAAAGGCAUAGAGAACAAAGCUUUUGAUCGCAAUACAGAAUCUCUGUUUGAAGAAUUGUCUUCAGCUGGCUCAGGCCUCAUUGGAGAUGUGGAUGAAGGAGCAGAUUUACUAGGAAUGGGCCGUGAAGUGGAGAAUCUCAUAUUAGAGAACACACAGCUGCUGGAAACCAAAAAUGCCUUGAAUGUCGUAAAGAACGAUUUAAUAGCAAAAGUGGAUGAACUGACCUGUGAGAAAGAUGUGCUGCAGGGAGAGUUGGAGGCUGUGAAGCAGGCCAAGCUGAAACUAGAGGAGAAGAACCGAGAGCUGGAGGAGGAGCUCAGGAGAGCUCGUGCGGAAGCUGAAGAUGCAAGGCAGAAAGCGAAAGAUGAUGAUGAUAGCGACAUUCCCACAGCCCAGAGGAAGAGGUUUACCAGAGUAGAAAUGGCCCGAGUUCUCAUGGAGAGAAACCAGUACAAAGAGAGGCUGAUGGAGCUUCAAGAAGCGGUUCGAUGGACAGAGAUGAUCCGGGCAUCACGAGAAAAUCCAGCCAUGCAAGAAAAAAAAAGGUCAAGCAUCUGGCAGUUUUUCAGCCGACUUUUUAGCUCUUCAAGUAAUGCGACCAAGAAGCCUGAACCCCCUGUGAAUCUGAAGUACAAUGCGCCCACCUCUCACGUGACUCCCUCCGUGAAGAAAAGGAGCAGCACCUUGUCUCAGCUCCCCGGCGAUAAGUCCAAGGCUUUUGAUUUCCUUAGUGAGGAAACUGAAGCUAGUUUAGCCUCUCGCAGAGAACAAAAAAGAGAGCAGUAUCGGCAGGUGAAAGCACAUGUUCAGAAGGAAGAUGGCCGAGUACAAGCUUUCGGCUGGAGUCUGCCUCAGAAGUACAAGCAGGCAGCCAAUGGUCAAGGGGAAAAUAAGAUGAAAAAUUUACCUGUGCCUGUCUAUCUCAGACCACUAGACGAAAAAGAUACAUCUAUGAAGCUGUGGUGUGCUGUAGGAGUCAACUUAUCUGGUGGCAAGACAAGAGACGGUGGCUCUGUGGUUGGAGCAAGUGUAUUUUAUAAGGAUGUUGCUGGUCUGGACACUGAAGGCAGCAAACAACGGAGUGCGUCUCAGAGUAGUUUAGAUAAGUUGGAUCAAGAGCUCAAGGAACAGCAGAAAGAAUUAAAAAAUCAAGAAGAAUUGUCCAGUCAAGUCUGGAUCUGUACCAGCACCCAUUCAGCUACGAAGGUUAUCAUCAUUGAUGCUGUUCAGCCUGGCAACAUCCUAGAUAGUUUCACUGUUUGCAAUUCUCACGUUCUGUGCAUUGCCAGUGUCCCAGGAGCUCGGGAAACAGACUACCCUGCAGGAGAAGAGCUUUCUGAAUCUGGUCAAGUAGACAAAGCAUCUUUGUGUGGAAGCAUGACAAGCAACAGCUCUGCUGAGAUGGACAGCUUGCUAGGAGGCAUCACAGUGGUUGGGUGCUCCACAGAAGGAGUGACAGGAACUGCUACUUCCCCAAGUACCAACGGUGCUUCUCCAGUGAUAGAAAAGCCACCAGAAAUGGAAGUGGAAAAUAGUGAGGUUGAUGAAAGUGUUCCAACAGCAGAAGAAGCCACUGAAGCCACAGAGGGCAAUGCAGGGUCCACUGAAGACACUGCGGACAUCGCACAGCCUGGCGUGUACACAGAGCACGUGUUUACAGAUCCUCUGGGAGUUCAGAUCCCAGAAGAGCUCUCCCCAGUGUUUCAGUCAAGUAGUGACUCAGAUGUGUGCAGAGAUCAAAUAUCAGUAUUGCCAAAUGAGCAAGACCUGGUGAGAGAAGAGGCUCAGAAGAUGAGUAGUCUUUUACCAACCAUGUGGCUUGGAGCUCAGAAUGGCUGUUUAUACGUCCAUUCAUCUGCAGCCCAAUGGAGGAAAUGUCUCCACUCCAUUAAACUCAAAGACUCGAUUCUCAGUAUUGUGCACGUGAAAGGAAUUGUGCUAGUCGCCCUGGCCGAUGGCACCCUUGCAAUCUUCCACAGAGGCGUUGAUGGACAGUGGGACCUGUCAAACUAUCACCUUUUAGACCUUGGGCGCCCCCAUCAUUCCAUACGGUGCAUGACUGUGGUGCAUGACAAAGUCUGGUGUGGCUACAGGAACAAGAUCUAUGUGGUUCAGCCAAAGGCUAUGAAGAUAGAGAAAUCAUUUGAUGCACAUCCCAGGAAGGAGAGCCAAGUACGGCAGCUUGCAUGGGUGGGUGAUGGUGUGUGGGUCUCCAUUCGUUUGGAUUCCACGCUCCGCCUCUAUCAUGCACACACAUAUCAACAUCUCCAGGAUGUGGACAUUGAACCCUAUGUAAGCAAAAUGUUAGGCACUGGAAAACUGGGCUUUUCUUUUGUGAGGAUAACAGCUCUUAUGGUGUCCUGCAAUCGUUUGUGGGUGGGGACAGGAAACGGUGUCAUUAUCUCCAUCCCAUUAACAGAAACGGUAAUCCUCCACCAGGGACGUUUACUGGGGCUGAGGGCAAAUAAAACCUCAGGGACUCCAGGUAAUCGUCCUGGAAGUGUAAUCCGUGUUUAUGGUGAUGAGAACAGUGAUAAAGUGACCCCAGGGACAUUUAUACCCUACUGUUCAAUGGCACAUGCACAGCUUUGUUUCCACGGGCACCGGGAUGCUGUGAAAUUCUUUGUGGCAGUUCCAGGUCAGGUCAUCAGCCCACAAAGUAGCGGUAGUGGAGCAGAUUUAACAGCUGACAAAGCAGGGUCAUCUGCACAGGAGCCCAGUAGCCAGACGCCCUUGAAGUCCAUGCUUGUCAUCAGCGGAGGAGAAGGCUACAUUGACUUCCGGAUGGGUGAUGAAGGUGGAGAAUCUGAACUUCUUGGAGAGGAUCUUCCACUGGAGCCUUCAGUCACCAAAGCAGAAAGGAGUCACCUCAUAGUGUGGCAAGUGAUGUGCAGCAGUGAAUGAGUCCAUACCAGACAGGUGGAGACGAGAAAGCUGCCUCUUCUGCAUGGUUUAUUUUCCCUUUAUUUAAUGCUCUUUUUGUG